AUGGUCUCAUAAACCAAUAUAUUUGCAUUAAUAAUGGUGUUGUGGGUUUCAGGCUUACUGUGCGGCCAUACUUGGGCACGUUUUGGGACAAGCUUUUAAGGAUGACUACACAGUGACCCUCGUCCGGGCUCCAGAAAUACCAGGUUUCUCCAAUCCAGGAUCCUCUGCUGAUAUCUUCUAUAUAAGAGAAUUCUCCUGAAUGACCCAUCAACCAUGGAGAGAGACAGGAACAAGAUGGCCGACAGCAUCAUAAACCUCACCCUACAGAUACUCUUCCGGCUUACUGGAGAGGAUUACACAGUAGUGAAGAAGUCCUCUAGUGGGCGCUGUCGGGCCCCUAUGUCUGAAGGAUGGGGAAGAACCCUGAGCCCAAUCCCGGGGCUCCCACCUCACUCCCUGAUACAUGAGGAAAUGGAUGAACAGAAGAUCCGAGAACUCAUCAACAAGAUGAUGGAGCUGCUGACUGGAGAGGUUCCUAUAAGGUGUCAGGACGUGGCGGUCUAUUUCACCAUGGAGGAGUGGGAGUAUGUAGAAGGACACAAGGAUCAGUACAAGGAUCAGGUGAUGAUGGAGGAUCAGCAGCUCCUCACAUCACCAGUCAUAUCCAGUAAGAUAACAGCACCAGAGAGGUGUCCCCGUCCUCUUGAUAAGCAGAAUAUGGAGGACAUUACCACAGGGAAAGAUCUGAUCUAUAUUAAUGCUACAGACAUAAAGGAAGAAGAAGAGACAGAUAUGAGCGGUGAUGAGCAGUAUAAGGAGAACAUUACUACAGGGAAAGAUCUGAUCUAUAUUAAUGCUACAGACAUAAAGGAAGAAGAAAAGACAGAUAUGAGCAGUGAUGAGCAGUAUAAGGAGGACAUUCCUACAGGGAAAGAUCUGAUCUAUAUUAAUGCUACAGACAUAAAGGAAGAAGAAGAGACAGAUGUGAGCAGUGAUGAGCAGUAUAAGGAGGACAUUCCUACAGGUAACCGCCCAGAUUCUUGUAGCAGGAGAUCAGAGGAGAAUCUUAUAUCUUCAGAUUAUAAAGCAGAUGAUGAUAUCACACAAGAUACAUAUGAAGAACAUUCCAUUAUCCCAGAUACACCCUCAGCCCUUCACAGCCAAGAUCUGUCAUCUCAUCCUUAUAUACAGGUCCUGUCUUCUCAGUCAUCACAGGAGGUUCAGCAAAAUAAAAGUCACAGAAGGGGUGUUGGACAUCAAAGAGAUCACACAGGAAAUAAACCAUAUUCAUGCUCAGAAUGUGGGAAAUGUUUUACUAAGAAAUGGUAUCUUGUUGAACAUCAAAGAAUUCACACAGGGGAGAAGCCAUUUUUAUGUUCAGAAUGUGGGAAAUGUUUUACUGCGAAAUCAAGUCUUGUUAAACAUCAAAGAAUUCACACAGGGGAGAAGCCAUAUUCAUGUUCAGAAUGUGGAAAAUGUUUUACUUGGGCAUCAGAUUUUACUCGACAUCAAAUAACUCAUGCAGCGGAGAAACAUUCAUGUUCAGUAUGUGGGAAAUGUUUUCCUGGGAAAAUAAAUCUUGUUCUACAUCAAAGAACUCACAUGGCGGGAGUAGCUAUUUACAUGUGCAGCAUGUGAGAAAUGUUUUACUAAUAAAUCACAUCUUGCUGUACAUCAAAGAACUCACACAGGAGAGAAGACAAUUCAGAGCAAUAAAUGAUGCAGAUAACACAUCUAUAUAUUAACCAUGUACAUAGGAUAUCUGACAUUUAUACAUAUAUCAUAUACUGCAUCUCCAAACUUGUUACCAAUUGUUAAUAAAAGUUUUCUUUCUUAUAUUAUUUAUUAUUCUUAUAUUCAUCUCCGCACACUGGACUUAUAAUAAAUGUAAUAUU